UGUUCGUUUAUAUCAAGACCCAAGUGCCUAGGUCGUGAACAAUAAAGGAAUCGUGACAGGAAUUGGGAUUAUAUUGACCCUACCUAGGUAAUAGGCGGAAGGUUGCUGACUGAUAUCAUAGUUUUUUGAAUUCUGGGGUUCUGGGGUCUCUUCCCCGCCAUUGGCCGUACCGAGGGAAUAAGGUCGGCCUCCAAAUUCACCGGUCCUGCGUUUCGUCUUCUUAAUGAAAGCUCCCCCUAGCCUCCAAAACUCCCCUUGGAGACGUUGGCCUGCCAUUUGUUGAGCCCACGGCCAAUGCAAGAUGUCUUCAGUCAACCGUAGUCUCCUAUCAGCCUCCCGCUCGCUACGCUUACAAUCAAGAACCGUCUUGCAAAGAACAUCUCCAUUAAGUGUAUCCUCGCGCGCAGCGAUAGCGAAACUUGGAGCUACGAUACGACUAAACCACCCCGCCUACACCCGCUCCCCUGCUUCGUCCUCCCCAUUCUCAACAACUACCGCGCAACGAUCCGCUCCCGCCAUGCCUCAAGAAGGAAGAGAGUACGAUCCUGAGAUCAAGGACAUUGCCAACUACGUGACCAAGCCAAUUGACUCGGAAUUAGCUUUUGACACCGCACGAUGGGUUUUCCUUGAUACUCUAGGUUGCGGACUAGAGGGUCUGCGAUUUAAGGAAUGCGCUAAGCUACUUGGCCCAAUUGUCCCAGGAACUAUCGUCCCCAACGGUACUAGGGUCCCUGGUACUGACUUCGUCCUCGACCCCGUCAAUGGUGCCUUCAACAUCGGUGCUACGAUCCGAUGGCUUGAUUAUAAUGACUGCUGGCUGGCUGCCGAAUGGGGCCACCCUUCCGACAACCUGGGCGCUAUCCUGGCCGUUGCGGACUGGGUGAAUCGCACCAACAAAGCCGGCGGCAACCUAGCCGGAGGCAAGAUCUUUACCGUUAAGGAUGUCCUCGAGAGCAUGAUCAAGGCGCAUGAGAUCCAGGGUUGUCUGGCACUACUUAACUCGUAUAACAAGGUCGGUCUUGACCACGUUGUGCUUGUUAAAGUUGCCAGUACCGCGGUUGUGUCCCACAUGCUCGGAUUGAGCGAGAAGCAGAUCGCCGACGCCGUUACCCAGGCUUGGGUUGACGGACAGAGCCUACGAACCUACCGACACUCUCCGAACACCAUGUCCCGAAAGUCAUGGGCUGCUGGUGACGCUUGUCAAAGAGCCGUCAACCUUGCGUUGAAGGUCGCGAAGGGCGAGCCCGGUAUUCCUACUGUCUUAUCUGCGCCGGUGUGGGGUUUCUACGACGUCCUGUUCAAGGGCAACAAGUUCGAGUUCCAGCGUCCUUACGGCAGCUACGUGAUGGAGAACGUUCUCUUCAAGGUCUCAUAUCCAGCCGAAUUCCACUCACAGACUGCGGUAGAGGCUUCCCAGAAGAUUCACAACAAGCUGAAGGAGUUGGGUAAGUCUGCAGCUGAUAUUAAGGGUAUUACCUGUAGGACACAUGAGGCGUGCAUCCGGAUCAUCGACAAGCAAUUUAAACCGAUGGACAACUUCGCGGACCGUGACCACUGUAUCCAAUACAUGUGCUCGGUCAUGCUCGUAUUCGGCCGCUUAGAGGCAACUGACUACACCGACGGUGGCGAGGCGGCGACGUCCCCGUUAGUCGAGUCGCUCCGCCAGAAGAUCAAGUGUGUCGAGGAUCCGCAGUUUACCAAGGACUACCACGACCCAGAGCUACGUACUAUCUCUAACGCGCUGACGGUCGAACUGAACGAUGGUACGAUCCUGGAUGAGGUUGUUGUCGAGGCUCCGCUAGGACACCGUCUAAGGAGAGAAGAGGCCAAGCCGCACAUCCUGGCCAAGUACAAGCGACACCUAGGACCACACUUCUCCGAGUCGCAAGUCAAGGAGCUCAUCGAUCUAGGAAUGGAUGGCAAGAAACUAGAGGCUACGGCUGUGGAUGAAUAUGUUGACAAAUAUGUUGUGAAGAACAGCCCUUUUGUUUAGACUUGCGGGAUAUUUAGAAAGGCGUUAGAAGCCAAGAUAUAUACCACAUAAAUACCUGGCCCUGGGCUUAUUUUUGUCAGUUCAAGCUGCCAUUAGUUAUGUGAUGGGUGUUUUUUAUUGUUUCGUUAGAAAAGAAAGGAGAGAAAUAUGCAACAACGUCACCUAAAUUAUGAACUUACAUAACUUGAAUACGCGGAUAACUUAUCACUAGGGAUUGUGCACAGCACAGCCACCCAUUUCGUACAACUGAAAGGA